AUAAUAUCUACGUGUAAUACUGAAUCAAAUUCACACUUUUCAAAGUCCAUUUUAAAUUCAUUUAAAACGACAUUCGAUCGGUAAAAUAGGCAGCAAUUGCUGCACGAUAAAAGCAUCACAUGGUUACAUGGUUUUCAUCUCGUUGAGCCGGAUUUGGAUUUUUAAGUGACGAUUUUUCACGAAUAAUUGAUCGAUCUACAGUACGUCGAGGGUAUUUGUGUAUGUUCGUCGUUUGGAAUGUUAUGUGAUUUUACUUCGACAUGGCAGAAACGAGUAACAACAGUAACGACAGUGAUGUGUCACAUCUUGGUGACAACGUGAUGGAAAGUAAAAUGUUAAGCGACGAGUUUCCGAAUGAUUUAUGCGAGAUAGUAUCUAUUAAAACAGAAGACAGUAUUUUGCAAGAAGUGUCGGAACACAUCAAACACACUACAAAGUCGAACAGUCAGAUUGCAAUACAAGAAAAUACUGUCGAACAGAAUACCAAGGGGAAUAUCGAAGUUAGCGACGAGGAUCACAGGGCAGAGUUGCAGAAGCAAGUUGAGAUUGGAGAAAUUACCCCAUUUGAAGCGGUAUUCAAACAGUCGGCUUUGGAGCAAAAAGAAGGGACUGUCAAUAAAGGAUCUCAGUUGUUGGACCUUGAGAAGUACUUUAAGCAACAAGCUGUUCUUGCUGAACAAAAGAGGAAAUUAAAAGAAGUAUCUAAGAUAUCUUCUAAUAAAGAUCAUUCAGUGCAAGUCAAGAAAGCAAAAUUACUCAGUACUGAUACAAAAACGAAUAAAAGUUGUCAAAACUCCAAACAUGAAAACAGCAGAGAUAAUGCUCUGCAAAAUACGGACAAGGCAGGUGUCAACAUACCAAAGGAAACUGCUGACAAUAGUUCGGGAAGCGAAUAUAUUCCUAGUGAUGAUGAAGGAAACUCUGAUGUGGAGGAUAAAGCGUCGUCUAAAAAAAGAAAAACUUCAGUUAAAUCAGAAUAUAUUCGUCCUAAAAGAACUCGAGAUGACGGAGAUAAUCGAGUGUUUCAGCAGAGAGUAGAAGCAAACACCUAUCCCAAAGAUGAGGCAAUGCACAAAAUUGAUACUCUAUUUAAAGUGCCGCAAUGUAUUUGGGAAAAAUUAUACAGGUAUCAAAAAGUCGCAGUUAAGUGGCUCUGGGAGUUACAUGGUCGUAAAUUAGGCGGCUUGUUGGGUGAUGAGAUGGGAUUAGGAAAAACUGUAGAGAUCAUUGCGUUUCUUGCGGGUUUGGAUUGCAGCGAACUACUUUCUUGUAACGGAAGAUACAGAGGAUUAGGCCCGACUAUAGUUGUAUGUCCUGCUACUUUAAUGGAACAGUGGGUGAACCAUUUUCAUGAAUGGUGGCCUUUUUUCAGAGUUGUUGUGCUUCACCAUUCUAGUGGCUACAAUGGUGAUCCAGAAAGUUUGAUAGAAUCCUUACAAUCUGGUGGAAUUCUCAUUACUUCUUACAACGGAGUUCUUAGACACAAAGAUUUACUUGUAUCUAGUCAAUGGCAUUAUGUUAUUCUAGAUGAAGGUCACAAGAUUCGUAAUCCACAAGCAAAGGUGAGCCGAGCGGUGAAGCGAUUCUCGACACCACAUCGAUUACUGUUGACUGGUAGUCCAAUGCAGAAUUCCCUGAAGGAACUAUGGUCCUUGUUCGAUUUUAUUCUACCUGGAAAACUGGGCACCCUGCCUGUAUUUAUGGAACAUUGUGCAGCUCCCAUAACACGCGGUGGUUAUGCGAACGCGACGCCAUUGCAGGAAGCAACGGCUCUUCAAAUAGCCACUAUGUUGAAGGACACUAUCACGCCGUACAUGCUUCGGAGAACAAAGGUCGAUGUAAAGCAUCAUCUCACUUUACCAGAAAAAAAUGAGCAGGUAUUAUUCUGUAGCUUAACAGAUGAGCAGAAGAAACUAUAUAAAAAGUAUCUGGUCUCCGACGAUGUAUCGUUUGUUCUUCACGAGAGAAAUAAUCAUGACAAUGGAAGAUAUAGAGCGAGAUUUCUCAUUGCUUUGUCAGCACUGAGAAAGAUAUGCAAUCAUCCGGACUUAUUUUUGUAUACCAGAGAACAAGACUCUGAUGAAGAUAUUGAUUUGUCCGAAGAACAGUUACAAAAAUUUGGUUAUUGGAAACGUUCUGGAAAAAUGACCGUAGUUCGAUCUCUUCUGAAAAUAUGGCAAAAGCAGGGACACAGAGUGCUACUUUUUACUCAGGGAAGACAGAUAAUGCACAUUUUGGAAUCUCUUUUGCAACGUGAAGAAUAUACUUAUUUGAGGAUGGACGGGACAACUGCGAUGUCUCAACGACAGCAAACGAUUCGCAAAUUUAACAAUGACACGUCGUAUUUCGUGUUCCUUUUGACGACACGUGUGGGAGGCCUAGGAGUGAACUUAACCGGCGCGAAUCGAGUGAUCAUUUAUGAUCCUGACUGGAAUCCAGCCACGGACGCUCAAGCGAGGGAACGGGCGUGGAGAAUAGGUCAAAAUAAACAAGUUACCAUCUAUAGAUUAAUUACCGUUGGUACGAUUGAGGAAAAGAUGUAUCACAGGCAGAUUUUCAAAUUACUACUUUCGAACAAAGUUCUUGACGAACCGCAUCAACGUCGUCUAUUCAAAACGACGGAUCUGGUAGAGCUGUUCAAUUUGAACGAGCCAACGGACGGCGAGUUUUCCGAAUCAGAUCGUUUAUUUAAAGAAUCUAAAUUGACACCCAGUGGCUUUUCUCUUAGUAAGAUCGAGGAGAUGAAAAAAUUGGCGUCAAUUCUCAGUAAAAAAAUAAGCGCUAAUGUAAAAUCGAUGUGCGAUGAAAGUAAAAACACAGAAAACAGCGAAGAAAAACGCGAUGAACAAACAGAUAAUUUGAGAUGUGUCAAAACUCCUGCUAUGGAAAAAAGUGAUUUGCCUGUAGAUCAAAGCUUAUCUUCGAAUCAAAAUAAUAUACAAAAUUCCUCCACCAAAUGUAAUAAAGAUUUAAAUACGAAUUCUGAUGCAGACAUUGAAAAAAACAGUAAUAUAGAAAAUGAAAACACAUUUAAGAACAAUUGUGAACAGGAUGUAAUUCCAGUAAAAUCUCUAAAUAACAAUUCUGUAGAAAAGGAGAGUGAAGAAUUUGUUUUAAAUGAUAAAGUUACGUCAUCUACUCGUAAACGCAAGAAACAUAAAAAAGACUCGCAUUCAGACAAGAGAAAUGUGUCCGCGAUAUUUGAAGGAGAACGUGUGUCUUGUUUGAUCGGUCGUCGCUUAGGACGUUCUGACGAAAGAGGAGAGUCAUUUUCGACCACAGACGAUGACUAUGUGUUGAGAAAGCUAUUUGCUAAAUCAACCGUUAGUUCAGCUUUCCAACACGAAGCAGUAUUAUCAAAUGCAUGUCAUAAUAGCGACAACGAGAACACAAUGCAACGUUUUGCGCGUGAAUCGGCGCAAGAAAGCAUGGAUUUUCUUCAUCAAUCGGGAAAAUAUUGUUGGAGACCAGCGUAGGACAAACAAUGUACUUUGUAGCAGUUUUGUACAUUGAUUUUUUUCUAUAAACUUUUAUAUAUAGUAUAUUAUAUAUAAAGAAAGCGAGUUGUGAGAAAAUCUAAUUACAUAUACUAUCUGGAAUAAAAUUUCUAAUUAUUUUUUUUAUUUCUUUAAGACAAUUUACUUGGCACGUUUGUUGUAUUGCAGGAUACAACAUUUUAACAAUAUAAUUUAAAUAAUAAACUAUUUUUUAUAAUGUUCAACAAA